AUGGCUGAACAAGGAGAAAACCAGUCAGCUCCUAUAUCAGCUGUAGUCCCAGAUCCAUUUCCACCGGACACAAACCACACUUGCCAGAAUGCUGCAACUCAGGGCUACAGUGCCGAGAACCUCCCACCGCUUUUAUUCCAGCUGGAUCCCCCAAUUGAGCGUUCGACUACUGUAAUUCCCAACUUGAUCGAGAAUGGCCAAGAGGUUCUAGACUACGACGGAGGUGUGAUCCACGACUUCCCUUUCCUGCCACGCUACAUAUCGACACGGCCAUCGGCCUGGCAGCUGGAGUUUUGGAUGAGGUUGGAUCUACGACUGACAUAUCGGGACAUUAAGGCCCGAAUGACAGUUGGGAAGAACCUCCUACCAAGCGACAACUCCCUUAAUAUGCGGCGAGAACGGGAAGCUCGCGCGCCUCUUGGGUUGUCAUGUUGGACAACCCGGCGCGGAGGGGUGACGAGGACUGAAAUAGAGCGGGUGGAAAAGCUAAGUCAAGACCAGGCCAGUUUGUGCUUCCACUUUCGCACGAUUAAAACUGUGUCGCUCAAUACCACAAUGGACGUGGAAUAUUCUGACGAGCCCGCCAAUGGACGGUUAUCUGUGCCAAAGUGCCUUCGGGCAAGAAACCUUGUUGGUAUCCCCGCAGCCUGUUACCCUUGGGACACGUUUCUCAUGAACAAGCGAUUGCAUGUCCCGAGUGCCAGGCUGGCGGAAGCGUUAGCUCUUCAUGAACAGCUGUUGGAGGCUGUUGCGAACUCCAAUGUCAGCGACUGGCGGGAACUCCCGGGAGACCAGCUUCCCCUUUCCUGGAACAGAAAACGGGGAAAUGAUCGACGAACAAAAGUAUCUGGGCCGAGCAGCGUUUCUCGACAAGUAGCACCCCACCCAACAGAAGGGGUGGGCGAAGAAGCCAAUCCGGAUCUGAUUGAUCCCAGCGAUCGUGCAAAUAACGACAAUGACCAACAAGUUGGGACUACCAGCCUCCUCAACUCGUUCCAGGGGCCUCAUUUCUCAGAACCCGCUGCCCUCAAUGACCAAGUUACUGAGACUGGUCAGGCCAAUAUUCCGAGCAGUGUCGAUUUCUACAAUACCUGGGGAGAGAUGGAUCAGGGGGCUUCACAAAUCCCAGCCGCUGAUGGGUUUCCAAAUGAUUUUCAAUUGCCGGUAACUGGGCAUGAGCUUGGGGUUAUGUACCACGGGCCACUGGCGCCAGGAGCGACAUUUAGCCCAGCCGGUUAUGUCGGUUAUCAACCGAACCCGUUUGUCGCUCUGAGCCCCCAUUCCUAUCAGCAAGGGUAUAAUCCGUACGCGGCGCACCCCAUCCCUGCGUCCACCUCCCAUCAGUACAACCAUUUUGGUCCUCAGCCGCAGCCUCAGCAUCAUCACUUCGACCAGCAACAGCAGCCACAACUCUUUGUUUCCGUGACCCAGACUACCUCACAGAGCGGCCACUACCAGCUUGGGCCAUCAGCACCCCAGACGCAAUUCCUGAGCAACCCGCAGCACUCGCUCGGGCAACCCGGUUCACUUGAUCAUAUAGACACCGGGUUUGAUACGUCAUCAAAUCAAACCUUGCAGAACAAUCCGUCGACACCAGUCAACCAAGGACAGGACGAAAAUGAGUCUUACAGAUUCAACGGCUCCGGGUCACACUCCAUUCGUCAAAACCUAAAUCAUCGCCUGAAUACCGACAUGGAUACUGUCAUGCAGCGAAAUAAUCCAUUUAGAUCUAUUCACGAAGGCUCCGGUCCGUUUAGUUCGUUCGAAGAUUUCCUGGAAGAUGAAAUGUGA